CUCAUGACUCUCUCUUCCGGAAAUGCUCCCGGCUCCGGCAGGAAAAUGGCGGCGGCCGCGGGUCGGCUGGCGGGCGGGCGUCUCCUGUGGGCCUGUCCGGGCCUCCUCCUUUCGCGGAACUCAGCCUUAGGGAAACGGGUGAGUGACCGAGGCUCCGCCGGCCAACGGCUGCCGAGCCUUCGGGCCUCUGAGGCAGCGGCUGCCGGAACGAGAGGCGCUCUCGCCUCUCUGGUCGCCGCGCACUGCAUGCUGGGGCGCGUAGUUUCUUGAUUAUGCCGCGCAGGGAUCCUUCUGGUAUUCGCUCCGCGCUGAGGGAGUCGGUAGCGCGCCGCCUGAUGGGAAUUGUAGUCCGUGCUGUGGAUUUAAGUUUUGGUGGGGGCAUUGGGAUGUCGCUUGGCACCUCUUAACUCUUCACAAGGUGCCCUGAGCAAGGACAAAAUUUGCCCCCCCCCGAUAUUUAUUACUUUUCACAAUUAUUCCAGUGACUUUUUAAUGUAUCUGCUCUGUAUGUACCCCUACAAAUAUAGGUGGUGGUGGUUGUUUUGCCCUGUGCUGGGGAACAGCCCACGCCCUGUUGUGAGGAGGGAUACUCCCCACCCUAUGAAUGGAUACUGACCUCAUCCAGCUCCUCCUUGUCCUUUCUGCGUUGUCAGUGUCCAGCGGUGCUGGUCAGGAGGUAGCUUGGUCAAGAGGGCAGUCGUCGUUCUUCACCUUUUCCAACGUGAAGGCUUUAUUUAAAGGGUAAUUCUGGGGAAAGGAGCUAGGUCUUCCUAUCAAGUGUCGCCUUUGUGUCAAAGCCUAGUUUCAGUAUCAGAAUGUGCCCCCAAACACACCAAAGCAAUAGUGAAUAUUGUAUCUUACAACACAUUACUCUCAUCACUCAGUAACCAUAUGUCUUUCGGUUGUGACGGAUAAUAAAAAGGGGGGUUCACACGAACCCUCUCAUGCGUUAAAUUUUAAGGACAUGGGCCGGCUCUUUCUUCUACUGAUGUGCCAUCUGGCUGUGCUUCCAGCAACUGUGAGAAGGGGCCAUAUGUAGCCACAUGCAUUGAGCUAUUUCAUGUGGGGGCUCUGAAUUAUCCCUCGCACAGAGAAGCUCUGGUAAUAGGUGGCAAACAGAAAAGCCAGCCCACACAAUCUGGUGGCUUCCUUUUGCAUUCUUUUAACAUUUGAGCGGGUUGUCUCAACAACCCUAAAGUGAGGGCUCCACAUAGGUUUGCUUCCCAGUAUGUCUCUCUGUAGAUAGAAAAUACUGAGCAAAGUUUUGGGACCACUUAUUGUCUUAAACUCUCAUAGAACAGUAACUGGAACUCUGUUUGCUCUCAUAUAAUUUUAUAAACAUAAUUUACUUCCUUGUAAGUGAAGAUAAGCAUUUGUAUCAUACUCCUCACUGGUCACUUUUUCCAAUAGUCUGUACAUCUUGGGAGAAGCAGAUUCAGAGCUACCAAGGCAGUAUCUCAAAUUGUCCUAAAUGUUCCUGAGACGAAGGUAUCUUCUCUAGAUAACGGCUUGAGGGUAGCAUCUGAAGAUUCUGGGAUUUCAACAUGCACAGUAAGUAACAGUUGUGAGUGAAAUACUCCCCUGGCCUUUUAAAUCUUUGCCUUUUCAAAUAUUGGUAAGUUGGUUGUGUAAAGAACAGUAAUAGCACCCUUACUGAAGGAAAAUUUAAAUGCUAAGGCUUCCUAGUAAAUAUUUAUGAUGCUGCAUUAAGCGUAUGCUUUACUUAUGCAGGAGAUUUUAAUAUAAACUUUUCUGGCUUGUAGAAUAGUUUUUUUUAUUAAGGCCUAAUUGCUUUGAUCGCUGCAUCAUCAGGGGAACUGUUCUCAUGGGAAAUAGCAGCUGUUGUCACCAGUGCUGGUAUUCUGAUGUUGGAAAUUGAUCCAAGAUACCAAAGUGGAUCAGUGGGGUGGAUCCACUAUGCACCAGCAAUAUGAUAACAUAUUGAUAAUUAUCAGGUGGUGAUUUUGUGAUGCAAAGUGGUUGCAGUCGGAGCAUUCCUGAUUCCGGGUUGCCUUUGCAUUAUCCUAAUGCAGCCUUACAGAAUCAAUGCCUCUUCCACACACCAGAGGCGCAACGUGUGUUGCUGGUGCUUGGGGCAGGGCAAGUGUUGCUCCUUGCUGGUGGACUGGGCAGCUGGUGUGGAGGUGUGCUUCCUUGGGCACUUUCCUGUCUUCCUCUUCCUCCCUCCUUGGGUGGUGGUGGUGGCAGUGCUGCUCCUCCCCUCCCUCCCUCUCAGCCAGGCUGGGAGGCACACUGGCAGGCACCCAGACUGGGAGACCUUGGGGCUGCCCUUGUGCACCCCGCAGUUGCCUGCUGGCCAUGUUCCCCCUGCCACUGGCGAGGGAGGGGUGCACUCUGCCUCCACAGCAUAUUGAAUCUCAGUCUGUGUUUUAUUGGUCGGUAAGACUAAUGAUUUGUUUUGAAUGAGGUGGGACUUUGGAUUGACGCUGGAAGCAGAUACGAAAAUGAGAAAAACAAUGGAACAGCUCACUUCCUGGAGCAUAUGGCUUUUAAGGCAAGUUCUCAAAGUAACUUUCCCAUGCUGUUUAUCCAAUUAAAUAUUAAUUUGUGUUCAUCUUUAAUUCAGUAGUAGACCUUAUGCCUAGCUUCAGAUCGGAAAACUAGAAAGCAGUGUCAAAGCACGUAAGCAAUCUAGAUCUUGUUCCAAUAAAGGCAGCUGUGGUGAAAUAACCUUGGCCUAAGUAUUUAAUGCUUGAUGGUUUGGAAAGUAGCCACCAAGGUUAAAGGACGAGUAGUUACUUUACAGCUUGUCAGCCGGAUGAAGCUGAUGAAGUUCUUUUAUUGCUCUUCCGAAGGAUCUAUCCCAUUUGUAUUGUAUGUUGUGGCCUGUGAAAUUUGCUCACUGCGCAACCAUCGUAAUCUCUAGGAAGACCUUGCUCCUUGCAUUACAGGGUGCUGAUUCACACGUAGCGGGUGCUCCAUUCUGGUGAGGUAUGCAACUCCAUCAUGACACGACAUACUUGCAGAAAGCUUUUUAGAGCAUGUGACGCAGUGGUCCCACACAACAGUUGCGGCAAAAGCAUGGAGAUCUAUCAGCAUUAAGGGGGCAUGUUGGGUUGUGCCAGGAGAUUGGGCAGUCUGCACUCUGAAAGCUUGCCUGCAAAUCAUACAAGACAGCCAUACAAGACUUCAGAUCACACUUAUUUUUUUAAUUCAAGAACUGUUUCUGUUUGCUCCAUCUAGAGGUUGUAAAACUCAAAGGUGGUUGAGUAUAUUUCUGGCCAUCUUUGUUUUUUGGGGAGUGAGCCAUACAAACUGCUUUAUUUUAAUCAAAUAAGAGCUUAUGGACCAGAUUGAGACAAUUUUUGAUCUUUCUUAAGAAAACAAGGCUUUUAAAAAUAUUGAGAGUGAUAGGUCAAGUAGUACAGGAAUUAGUUUUGAUAUGUUAUAUCUUAAAUUUUGGGUGACUUCUGAGAUUCCAGUAACAUAACAGAAGUGUAGCCUUGCAAUUUUUUAUCCACUUACCUGAAAGUAAGUCUUGUUGAACUUGGGACUAACCCCUGAGUAAACAAAUAAAAGAUUGUGUUGUGUGUUACAUUAUGAUAGACCCUGGGGAUAUACAUUUUUGUUCAUUUAGACCUGGGGGACUGUACCUACCUAUUUUAGAUGCAGAUAAUCAUUUUGUGCUCAAAUUUGUUAGCUAACUUCUAUACCAUUUUAGCCUGCUCUGUAUUUAAUGCACAAGACAAGUAAUGCUUUGUUUAAAAUUAUGAAACCUAUAAUAGUAAGUAAAGUAACCUGGGCCGCACCCAACAAAGGCUAGUUGAAAUCACAUCACAUACAGUUUCCAAUAAAAAAAGAAGGCUUUGGUAUCUUGGGGGAAGAGGUCUUCAUAAACCAUUUGGGGACUUACCAGAAAAAUGACCUUUGAGUCCUUUUUCUUAGGGGACUUUGGCUCUUUCAUGAUGUCAUGAAAAACCACACAGUAACCAGGACCCAAGCAACUAGAGUUUCUGCUUAAUAAUAUUGGGUGCACAUAUAUGUGGCUGUCCUCAGCGUGUGCUGGGACCAUGUGUCAGGUGACUGCAGUAUUUUUCCUGAUGUCUAAAACAAUUCUUUGAUCAAAUCCAACUCAUAGGCUUCCUCAACCUCGACCCUCCAGAUGUUUUGGGAUUACAACUCCCAUCAUCCCUGACCACUGGUCCUGCUAGCUAGGGAUCAUGGGAGUUGUAGGCCAAAAACAUCUGGAGGGCGGAGGUUGAGGAAGCCUGUCAUAGACCAAACGCUAUGUGAGGCAGGUGCCUUAUAUACCUGCCCUGGGUAUUGUUGACAAACUGGAAGUAGAUAAUCCAGUAGACAUCCAAGACAAACUUGCUAGACCAGAUCAAUUUGGGGUCCCUGAUGUAGGAUAACUACAUUGUUUAUUUCUGAUAAGGAAAUACAGCGCGUCAUUUCAGUUAUCUCCUCUUUUUCCACUGAGGUACUCUUACUGUUUUCUUUCUUAUAUCAAAAUUGCAGGGGACAAAGAAAAGGUCCCAGUUGGAUCUGGAACUGGAGAUUGAAAACAUGGGUGCUCACCUUAAUGCUUAUACAUCAAGAGAACAGACUGUAUAUUAUGCAAAGGCUUUCUCAAAAGACCUGCCAAGAGGUAAUUGUGAGUUUGGGAAUUUAGAUUUUAUCUCCCAAGGAACUGAUCUUGAAAGUAGAUUAACUGGCUGUUCAACAUCUGCAAAAACACCAAGGUGGGGGCCCUGUGCGCUGGGCUUGCUUUAUUUAUGCCUUUCUGUGUCAUACUCUCUAUACUAUUUUUAAAAUUGAGGCCUGACUGUAAUAAUAAUGUUUGCACAUCACAGUUAGGUAUAAACCAUGGCUUACUGUGCAUGACUGAUUUGCGUGACUUCACUUCUCCCUGCUAGUGCGUGGAAGAAAGAAACCACAAUUGGUAAUCUAGGAAUAAACUUUUGCUUAUCAUUGUUUUUGUGUAGAGUGAAACAAACCAUGAUCCCUGCUGAGAUAGCCAAGGAUUGUGGUUAGUUUCCUCCCAAUACCAAAUGGAAUGAGCAACUUGGGUGUGAUUCACAUAUGCAGAGUAAGCUAUGGUUUAUCGUGUACCAUAUUUGGCUCCAAAUUUGGAUCCUGUGACAAGGAUAGAAUUUUAAAUAAAUUGAAAUCCAGAGCACAAAGUUAUGCAUCCCCCCUCCAAUUUCCUGCCUGUUUCUAAAUAUAAAAUUGUCAUUUCCCUAAUUUCUUUCUAAAAAGAUGUAUUUCUUUCUUAUUUUACUUCCAGCUGUGGAGAUUCUUGCUGAUAUCAUACAGAAUAGCACACUUGGGGAGGCAGAGAUUGAACGGGAGCGAGGAGUGAUCCUUCGAGAAAUGCAGGAAGUUGAGACUAAUUUACAGGAAGUUGUCUUUGACUAUCUUCAUGCCACGGCUUAUCAAAAUACAGCACUGGGACGGACCAUAUUAGGACCCACAGAAAACAUAAAGUAUGCCUCCCUUUUGUUGCUCCAGUUCUUAAAUGAUAUUUUAUAGUAUAGUCGUUUUAUUAUGGUCAAUGAUGUGAGGGCGAUCUGGCUGCGACAUCUGUCACCCCAUUAGUUGCCAGGGUUGAUUCAGCUUAUCUGGUGUCCCCUCCCUCCCUCACGGCUCCACAUGCAUCCCUCGCUCCCUCCCUCCCAAAGCUGUGCACUCAGUGGAAGAAGACGACCAUCCCAGAUAGGAGUGUACCAUUCUUUGGUCAAGGGUAUACUAUAGCUGUGCUCCCUGCUAAAACCUUAAAUGAUACUACAGUUUUCAAAGCAAAGAUUACUAUUUUGGGGGCGGGGGGAAUCGUGAUCCAAAGAAUACAAUGUUCCAACCUUUCUGCACAGUUCAUUAUUCUUAAUUGAAAGUUAAUUGAAAUUGUUGUGCAUAGUCCAUCUCAUUCUUGAAAUUACAGGGUGGGUUUUUUUCUGGCAGACCUAUUGCAUUUUUUUUGCCAAGUAUACUAUGUGUUGCACUUUGUACCUGGAGAAAAAUGCAGUAUUUCCAGGUAACAAUUUCCCCCCCACUCUUAAUUGGAUAUUGUAACAUGAUUAGUGGAAGGUGACACAAAUCCUUGUAAUUCUUCUCCAUAGCAAUCAACUAGUUGGUUCUAAGUUUGUUUAAUUGUUUCAGAGUUUGAAUGCUCUGCUCUUCUGCAAUCUGCUCUUAGUGUACAGGAGUUUGUUAGUGUUUCACUUCUCUCCUGAGAGCUCAUGGCCAUAAAAACCAUGUAUGGGGACUGUGCCCCAGUGGACUCUUCUUGAAAAGCAGCAAGGUCAUUCCCUCCUCCCAAAUUAUACAUAUUGAACAUCAGAAGCAAUUUUGCUUCAUACGGUGGCAUACUUCUUUCAACUGUAGACAAGUUAUCUCGUUCUGUUGCCCUUCUAUGCAUCAUAUUAUUUUCUUUCUCACUGUUUUGCUGAUCUGCUUGUAGGUCCAUUAACCGUAAUGACUUGGUGGAGUAUAUUACAACACAUUAUAAAGGACCCAGAAUGGUACUUGCUGCUGCGGGAGGUAUGAUGCCGCUGUUGUACGAUGUAUACAGUGUUUGUGGUAUUUGUGAUGUUUACACAACUAAGAAGUACAUCUUUCCUCUGUUCAGAAUCAGAAAGGAUAAAAUAGUCAAUGUUUAGCUGAGUAUUACCUUGGAUUCUAAAAUGAAGUAUUUAAUUGCAUUUUUGUCUGAUUCAUUUACAUAUAUCACCCCUAAACUGAUAUGCAUCUCAUUUAGGAGUCGCUCAUGACGAAUUGCUUGAACUAGCCAAGUACCAUUUUGGUAACUUGCCGUCUGUUGCAAAAGGAGGAGCGCCACUUUUGCCCCCUUGCCGGUUCACGGGCAGUGAAGUAAGUUGAGGCCUUUCCCUCCCACCCAGACAGCUGCAGCUUGAAAAAUCACUGAUAAUGUAAUAGUUAUACAAGGUAUUUGGUUAGCUGAGAUUCUGGUUUGUCUGCAAAAGCUGCUGAGAAACCGGAUAAAGGAGCAGAGGUGGUCAGCAUCUUUUGAAGCACCGUUAGUGUUGCAUUACAGCACUCAUGGGAUUUCUGGCCUGUUUCUUUUGCCGCUUUGACUUUCCCUCCAUUUCUCAUUUAACCUCUGCUAAGUUGCUGUGAUGUCUUGUUUAGACAUUAUUACAGAGCCAUUAUAGUGGAAAUAAAAGCUGUACAAUUGAUUUAGUUUAUUAGGCAAAUUUGACUGUCUGUGUCUUUUUAGCUUCCAUCCAUUUUGGCCUUUACAUUAAAGCAGGGAAGGGGCUGCCUUUUUCAGACAGAGGUCCACAUCCCCUCCUGGGCAGACUUCCAAAGGCCACAUGUCAAUGGUAGGUGAAGCUAGAGGCAGAGAUGAAGGACCUUUAUUACAAUAAGCUAGUUUCUAACUAGACUGCUCAUCCUCCUCUUUGUCCUCCAUCCAUCUGGGCAAAGUUCAUGGGCUCAUUCCAGCUGGGCAAAAACUUUGCACUCGAGGAGGGUGUAAGGUUGUGUUGGAGAGGGGUAUGGCCUGGAGAAAGAGGUGUGUGGCCAAGAUGGUUGAGGUUGUGGAGUCUCAAGGAUCAGAUCUGGCAGGCUGCAUUUUGCCCCAGGGCCUGAGGUUCUUCAUGGCCUGUUUGAAAGGUACCUGAAACCUUUUGUUUGUGGUGCUUUAUCAGAUUCGUGUUCGAGAUGAUAAGAUGCCUCUGGCCCACAUUGCGAUAGCUGUUGAAGCAGCCGGCUGGUGUCACCCGGACACCAUUCCUCUCAUGGUGGCAAAUACUCUGAUAGGCAACUGGGAUCGAUCCUUCGGAGGUGGUGUGGUGAGUUAGCCUCAACAUUACUAACCAGUUUCAAGUAAAGGAUUGUUGCAGUGUUGUGUCUAUACAGUCUCCUUGCGAAAGAUGAGCCCAGUUCGAGUAUCAUGUUUUUCCUUUUUUUUUUGUAAACGUAGACAAGUCUUGAUACUUCCUAUAGCUAUUUGAAAAUAAGUCAUUACUUGAGUUCUGUAGAUCCAUUUCCCUGCCACUUAAGAGCAAAAACUGAUGCGAUAUGGAGAUAUUAUGAGGUUAAAAGCUUUGUGGGCAGCGAAAGGAUUGAAUUAUUUUCACCUGUGCUUUUGCUUGGCAAAUUCUGUCCCCUCCCCCAGUUGCCGUUAGUCCUGCAGGGAAAGAGAGUUACCUGAAAAUGACACGUUAACAUUGUCCUUGGCAAAAAUCAAGCCCCUUCUGAACCGAGUUUCCUUUCAAUUCCAACAGCCAUUAUUUUAGCUUAGAUUUGUCUGUCUCUAAACUUGUUCUUAUAGAUUAGUACCGGUACUUGCCACUUAGAAGCUGGUAGAUGGAUGAGUGUGGGGUAGAAAAAUAUCUGCAUUUAAGAAGUGCCUAGAAUGAAGACAUCUGUGUCUAAGCUUCAUGAUACCCUUCUACCCCAAAUAUAUUCCUCUUUUUAUUUCAACAGAAUCUGUCUAGUAAGCUUGCUCAAGUUGCAUGCCAUGGCAACGUUUGUCAUAGCUUCCAGUCCUUCAACACCUGCUACACAGAUACUGGACUGUGGGGUGUCUAUAUGGUUUGCGAGGGAUCAACCAUAGAGGACAUGAUGCACUUUGUUCAGAGAGAAUGGUAAGGAAGUGACCAUAUCUGAAAGGAGCUGAUAUGGAAUGAAAGCAACAAAUGCCCUGAAGGGUAAUGUUUUAUGCAUACAUGAGAGCAGUAGCUUAUGUAAAGUUGGUGCAGGAUUUCACCUAGAGUGGGCAUAGGCAAACUUGGCCCUCCAGAUGUUUUGGAACUACAAUUCCCGUCAUUCCUGACCACUGGUCCUGUUAGCUAGGGAUCAUGGGAGUUGUAGUCCCAAAACAUCUGGAGGGCCGAGUUUGCCUAUGCCUGAUCUAGAGGAUACCAUGCAAUUACUCUUGUGCCUUGUUUUUUUUUACAAAGUGUAGGAGAAUAUGCAUGCACUGGCAUAUUUGGCGCUGGGUUUGGAACCUAACAGGUCAAUGUGUCAGUGCAUCUGGCUGUUAACCAGAAGGUUGGUGGUUCGAGCCCAACAAGGGACAGCUGCGGGCAGCAUUCCUGCACUGUAGGGGGUUGGACUAGAUGACUCUCAGGGUCCCUUCCAACUCUACCAUUAUUAGCCAUCCAGAGGGCAACCCAGUCAGAUAAACUGGGUAUUAAGAAAUAAAUUACUUUUAUUACAUUAUGAUUCUACAAUUCUUGUGGCCUUGACCCAUCUAUUUCACUGGGAUGUUAGCUUACAGGAACAGGUUACUGGAGCUGUGAUUGUUCUAUGUGCUAUUCAUAAAGGCCUGUUUUCUAUUUUAUCUAGAUUGUGCAUUUGCUUGUUCUUAGUGAGCCCAGUGAAGUAUAUCAUGAAGAACACUGGCAGCCAAAUUAUUAAAACACAUUUCUAUUUUUCAUUGUCUUUAGGAUACGACUGUGUACUAGUGUUACUGAAAGUGAGGUUGCACGCGCGAAGAAUCUUUUGAAAACCAACAUGUUGUUACAACUGGAUGGUAUGAUCUGAUUGUUUUCUUUUUAAAAGUCCGGUCUAAUUAAUUUGCACACAUGCUAAGAAUGUCUAAUUUUAGGUUCCACUCCCAUUUGUGAAGACAUUGGACGACAAAUGUUGUGUUACAAUCGUCGAAUCCCAAUUCCUGAACUUGAAGCAAGAAUUGAAGUAAGGAGCAUAAUGGUUUGGUGCUUUUCUUAGCCAACUUAACAUAAUAGCUCAGAGUUAUGGCUUUGUUUACUGCAUUAGUAUGGGUGCAGAGUGUUUGAAGAUUAUGCUGAAAUCUCAGCUACAAGAGAGUUGGCCAAAAGUAGGGUUCCAGCAGCUGAGAGCUGUGUUUCAGUGCUCCUAAGUGGUCUCAGGAAAACUUGGAUGUUUGUCAAAAUUCUUACAUACUUCAUGGGCUGUAGCUCUUCUUGGUAUAAUGUUUGAUAUAGCAUAUAGACACCCUCAGCUAUGCUGACGGAUACUUGUUUUUAGGUUUCAGCUAUUUGUACUGUCACAUAAAAUGGUCACAAAUUAAAGGCUUACUGUGUUCUUUGUAUUUCAGGCAAUUGAUGCUCAAACAAUCAAAGAAGUCUGCACAAAGUAUAUUUAUGAUAAGUGCCCUGCAAUUGCUGCUGUCGGUAAGGAUUUCAGUACUAGCUGCCAUUUGUUAAAAAAGUUGUCUGCUCUUUGUAAUUAUCUCUGUUUUAAAAUUUCAGGGCCACUUGAACAACUCCCUGAUUACAACAGACUCCGUAGUGGAAUGUACUGGCUUCGUGCUUGACAUUUAUCGUAAAGCUUUCCUGGAGGCUUAAGGGAUGAUUUGUAGAGAUUUGUGAUGGCUUUGAACUUUCAAGACUGGCAAAUUGAUUCCUCCCCCCUUAACUAAAACUUUGCUUUCAUGUUCAACAACAAACCCAAGUAUGCUGCCUGAGUGGAACAAGGUUCACUAUGUGACAUUUUGUCUUCUGUUUCCACAAAGAAGUGUACAGCUAUCUAUACAAAUAAUAAAAGCCGUAUUAUACAUUUGUACUUUUAUUACAAAACAGAACACAC